AUGCCACUUUCACCCCUCGCUUGGUGGGCCGACGUUCAUGUCGGUCGGUACAAGGCCAUUUGUGUAGGUGUCCUGAUCUGCGGUAUCGCGCACUUGAUCCAGAUCUUUGGUGCCCUUCCAUCUGUCCUGCAGAAGGGCACGGCGCAUUCGGCGCCUCCAUUCAUCAUCAGUCUGCUGACCCUGGCGCUUGGCGCUGGGAUAUUCAAGCCAAACAUUGCACCGACCAUCCUGGACCAGCAUCGGAACAAGAAGGCCUAUAACAAAGUGCUCAAAUCCGGGGAGAAAGUGAUUGUGGACCCCGAACUGACCAGUAGCCGCACCAUGCUGAUCUUCUACGGGGUGGUCAACGUUGGUGCUUUUUAUAUGCUCGCUACCACGUACGCGGAGAAGUUUGUGGGCUACUGGCUUGCGUUUCUGUUGGCGGGGAUUAUCUAUUUCCUUUUGCCCGUGGUCCUGGCGUUGGCUUACAAGAGAACUCACAAGCAGCCACCGAGUGGAAGCUCCGAUCUGAACAACGCCGUGAAGAUCAUCUCUAUGGCACUGCGGCGCAACAAGUUUCGAGUCUGGCGCAAGAACUUCUUUGACGCAGCGCGACCGAGCGUCUUGGCCGCGGAGGGCAUCCAGGUGGAAUGGACCGACAAGCUAGUGGAUGACGUCCGUCGGACCUUGGUCGCAACGGAAGUGUUCUUCUACUUCCCCAUCUACAACAUCAACGACGGCGGUAUUGGCUCGGUCGCAAGUAACCAAGGCGCCUCCAUGACGACAAACGGAGCUCCAAAUGACCUGUUGAACAACUUCAACGCCCUGACCAUCAUUGUCGCGACACCUGUGCUGAGCUACAUUCUCUACCCCCUGCUAUUGCGCUACAACAUCAAGUUCGAGCGCAUCAGCCGCAUCACCUUCGGCUUUGUUCUGGCCAUGAUCUCGGGGGUGAUCGGUGCCAUCGUCCAGUGGCGCGUGUACAAGACCUCACCCUGCGGGUACUACGCCUCAUCCUGCGACGCGGGCGUCAGUCCGCUCCUGAUCUGGUGGCAGCUCCCGAAUGUCAUUCUGGGUGCCCUGUCGGAGCUCUUCUGCAACGUCACGGCGUAUGAACUGGCGUAUGCGCGCGCUCCUCCUUCCAUGCGCGGGCUAGUGAUGGCCAUCUUCCUGUUCACCACAGCGCUGUCCAGUGCGCUGGGUGAGGUCCUCAUCCCCGUCACGCAGGACCCUUAUUUAAUUUGGAUUUGGGGCGCACCAGCAGUAGCGCUGGCCGUCCAGACCAUUUUGUUUUGGUUCCGGUUCCGGUCGCUGAAUCAUGAUAAAUUUAUGAUUGAGGAAAAGGAUUAUGUUGAUACCACGCUCACAACGAAGAGUGAACGGGCGGGCAAGGAGUUGUAA